AUGAAGAUAUUCUUCACAAUUCUUUUCGUCUAUGUUUGCCUCGUCGUACAAGUGGCAUCUUUGACUUAUUUUUGUGAUCAUUCAGCACCAUGUGGAUGUUCACGCAAUGAUGCUAUACUAAACAAAAUUGUCGGCGGUGAAGAAGCAAUAUCUUCUAGUUGGGGUUGGGCUGUAUCUUUGCGAGAUGAUGGAGAUAAUCAUAUUUGUGGUGGUGCUAUUAUAUCGCCGAAAUAUGUGGUCACUGCAGCCCAUUGUGUGUCUGAUCAAAAUAGUUUGUCCACGGGUAUGUCAGUAGCAGUUGGUAUGAAUCGACUGAGUGAAUCAGACACAGUUGGUCAAGUGCGUAAAGUUGCAGAAAUUAUUCAACAUCCAAGAUACGACGACAGCACACAUACUAAUGAUAUUGCUGUCCUACGUCUUAAUUCUUCGUUAGAUCUUUCAAUAUCUGCAUCGAUUGUUCGUCUUUGUUUGCCUCGGAUAAAUGUAACAAGUGACAUAGGCAAGUAUCCUCCAGAUUCAACACCAUUGAUUGCGAUCGGAUGGGGAACAUUGUUUUUUGGAUCGCAAAAUCUUCCAAAUCAAUUGCAACAAGUUACUGUCAACGAAGUGCCUACAAAUGAUUUUACAUGUUCGAUUUAUAAUUCACAAUUACAAUUUUGUGCAGGAGUAAAUGGUGGUGGGAAAGGUAAUCUUUUUUUGAAAUUACUUGAAACGUAA